UAUUUUAUAAAAAAAUACAAAGGAGAUACUUGAAUACUCUCAGAGCUGCAGUUCCUAACUGAACGUGGCGUAAUUGAUCUGUUUGGGCAAAUGUGAUUUUCUUUCUUUUUCUUCCAUAUUAUUAUUAUUAUUUUUUGCUUUAUCGAGUUUCUCUAUCAUCUCUCUCUUUUUAGCUUUUGAUCACUCCACCGAGGAUCAAUCAAUCAUCAAUGGCGUCUCCAACACCAACGAGAAUCUGGUUCCGUGUAUUGAUCCUGAUGGCUUUAACGGCCGUUUUGUUCUACGUCGGCCGACCUCUCUACUGGAAGAUCUCCGCGACCAUCCACGAUAUCCGCAACAACAAGCAAUCCGUCAGAGAAGGUAUAUCGCAGAUCGUACAGGAGGCGCAGAGAUCGGUGGGAUGGUAUCACGACGAGUCGGAUUCUGGGUUCUUAGAGGUUCAUAACAAGAAAUCGAGAGUCUCCACCUCUCGGAGGCUUCUGUUCUCCGGAGAUCAGUGAGAAAGUUUCACCUUUGACUUCUUCGAAAUAAUUUGUAGAAUGUGUCGGUUGUUGUCUGUAUGCAUGUUUGUUCAGGUGUCGCCACUUUACAAGAACAUCUUUAUCAAGUUCUGUACGUCGACGUUUCGUAAUUAGUAUUCCGACAAAUAACAUAUCUACUACAUGAUGUUCUUAAUAAGGUAGAUAUGAAACUAUAAAAAGUGCUUGUGAAUUUCUGUUUAUAUAAGCUUUUGCUUGAAACU